AUGUCGCGCGGCCGCCACAUGGAACCGCACUCCCUCCCCCCUUUCCUUCCUCCAGACCCCUCCCCACCCACGGUGGUCCCUGCACAGUCCUUCACAUGGCAGCCAGCCCCCCCACCCCCCUGUCCCCGCCACCUCCUCACACAGCAGCAGCCGCGGGAGGGGAGAGGCAGGGCAGAGGGUGGUGCUGCAGUGGCUCACGGGGGCCACCUCUUCCACGCCACCUCCCCUCCCACAGCCGCAGUCGCGGAAGGGAAGGCGACGGGGGAGGGGGAGCGGUGGGUAACGGGUGGGGUGCGCUUGAAAAACGGCAGGUGGAGCAGGCGAUGGGGGAAACGGGGCCGCGUGGCGCGGACCGGGUGA